UGUUCGAUCUCAUCACCAUCAUCUCAAUGGCGGAGAUCCAACCGCCGCACCACAUCCUGCACCCGCACCAGCCCCAGCCCCAGCAGCCGAGCUACCAGGCGGUGAAGGCCGCCACGGCCGCUACAGCCGGAGGUUCGUUGCUGGUCCUCUCCGGCCUGACCCUUGUCGGAACGGUGAUCGCGCUCACCGUCGCCACCCCUCUGCUUGUGAUCUUCAGCCCGGUUCUGGUGCCGGCGGCGAUCGCUGUGUUCUUUCUUGUGCUGGGAUUUCUGGCCUCCGGUGGAUUUGGCGUCGCCGCCGUGACAGUGCUGUCAUGGAUUUUCCGGUAUGUCACUGGCCGGCACCCUCCAGGCGCCGAUCAUCUGGAUAGCGCAAGGAUGAAGCUGGCAAGCAAGGCAAGGGAGAUGAAGGACAGGGCUGAGCAGUUUGGGCAGCAGCACACUGGACAACAGGGUACUUAAAUUGACGACAUAUGUGGGUCUCUAAAACAGUGUCGUUUCAGAUUUGCGGUCGAGGAGUUUGGAUAUUGGAGUAUAUGAUAGCGUCUAUGUUGGUUUAUUUCCUUUCCUUUCCUUUCCUUUGUCGUUGUUGAUGUGGGUCUCUCUGAGGCUGAGUGGUCUAUAUUGGAUUGUAUGGAGUCUGUAUUUUGAGACGUAGAUUUGAAUAUCUAUUUUCUGA